AUGUCCAAUCCUUCGGAGGUUGUUCAAGGGUCGGAGCUUGAGGGGGAUCACGUUUCCCGCGAGGUGGGGAGGACCACCCGCAAAGGAAGCCGCAAGGAGAAGUCGGUCGUUAGGGAGCCGAUGGUGGAAUUCGAGAAACGGCUUGCCAAGCUAGAGCUCGCGUGGCCGACCACCAAGACCGUUGGGACGAGCACCCGAGGUGGUAGCGGGGUCGUCGAAGCUCGCAUGGAGCGAUUCGCAGGGGAAUUGCAAGAGGUCAUGCAGCAAAUGAAGGACGACAUGCUAGGGACGCUCAACGAAAUGGUGGAAUGUUGCAACAAGUCGAAGGAGGAAAGCCUUGCUCGUGUUGCCGCCCUCCAAGACGACGUCAACCGGCUUAUGGGGGAGCUGGAGACUUCUCGGGCAGAAUCGGCGCGUCUUAAGGCACGGCUUGACACCGUGGCCGUGCAAGGGACAACCGGAGCCAUGGGGACGUUGGCAGCAUUGGCACAAGGUUUGUGCCAAGAAGAGGAGAAACGGGUCGCUUGCAUGAAACGGCUAGACGCCGUGCAUGCCAAGGCCGAGACACGUCAAGGCCGUCUUUACAUGGAGGCAUCGUUCGCUAACGGGUCUAGAUGGGGCAUGCUAGACACGGGGGCCGACACGAGUUAUCUCACGGAAGAGGUAGCCAGUUCGCUUGGCGUCAAGUGGACACCUAGCAAAGGCUGUUUCAAGGGCGUGAACGGCGAAUGGACGGGUCUUGUAGGCAAAGCCAGGGAUGUGCCUCUUAAAAUCGGCAACUGGUCAGGUCUUCCACCAAGAAGGGAGGUUGAUCAUGCCAUCGAGUUGGUGGACGAGGCGAAACCGAUAGCCAAGGUGCCUUAUCGUAUGUCCCCUAGCGAGCUAGAGGAGCUCAAGAACAAGUACCCUAUCCCACUUAUAGCGGACUUGUUCGACCGGCUGCAACGGGCACGGAUCUUUUCCAAGCUAGACUUGCGGAAGGGAUACUACCAAUUUCUUGUUAUGCCGUUCGGUUUAACUAACGCCCCAGCCACGUUUUGCACUCUGAUGCAACCGUUCGAGGCUCUAAAGGACGCCGUCACUCGAGAGCCAGUCCUAGCUCUCCCUGAUUUUGAGAAACCGUCCGAGUUUAAAUACGAGCUUGAGUAUAGCCCGGGGAAGACUAACCACGUGGCCGACGCCCUAAGCCGAAAGGCGUUGCCGCACGGCCGUUACUUUGAAAAAGAUGUCGAGGUCCUCUUUGGUAUUCGGGUGGAUGGUGACCCGGUCUCAACGGGUGAAGUAUUGAACAACAUUCGCGUGAGUACCGAGAAGUUUAUAGAAAAACGAAAAGAUGAGAAUCUCAUAGACGAAGAACUCGACAAGCAUUUGGACGAUAUCAUCAAUCAAACACAUGCUGCUUUAACCUUGGGUGCAAAUGAUGAGAUGGAGGUGGAGGAUACCCAAAUCCUGGUUGAUGAAGAUCCAUCUUUGACCUCAAAACUUCCGCCGGAAAACAGAGGAGAUUCAGAUUUCGGGAUGUCUUGUGCUGUAGAAAAAGUGGAGAAGGUGGUAAAUGAUGUUGAAGAUGAAGAAUAUGAAGAAGAUGAACUAUCUUGGUCUUCAGAAUCUGAAAUUGGAGAAGCUUUGGAUAUUUUAGAUUCUAAGGAUGAUUCAGGGAUAAUUGAUGGCAAUUUAAAACUACACACUAGGCGGCCUAAUGCACAUGGGGGGCUUCACUCUCGCCCUAAUGCCUCAUCUCUGCAACCUCUUGCGAAUCGGAAUCAGAAAUUUACUAGUCACAUCAGAGCAUCUCCCUUGGAGGACUGGGAGGGAAGGAUGAAUGUUGGUAUGUCGAACUCUGUGACAGCUGCUAUCCGAGAGAGUGUGCGUGGCAUGGCCAUUGGAAAAUCCAAAGCCACAGACAAAGCAGACCGUGCUACUGUUGAACAGGCUAUUGACCCAAGAACUCGCAUGGUUUUAUUCAAAAUGCUAAACCGGGGUAUCUUCAAUGACAUUAAUGGCUGCAUUUCUACUGGAAAGGAAGCCAAUGUUUACCAUGCUACAAAAUCCGAUGGUGCUGAACUAGCAAUAAAAGUUUACAAGACUUCAGUUCUAGUAUUCAAGGAUAGGGAUCGGUACGUUCAAGGUGAUUACCGAUUUCGAUACGGAUACUGCAAGCAUAACCCCAGAAAAAUGGUCAAGACAUGGGCUGAGAAAGAAAUGAGGAAUCUUCUGAGGCUAAAGGCAGCAGGUAUCAGGUGUCCAUCUCCACUUCUUUUGAGGCUUCAUGUUUUGGUUAUGGAAUUCAUAGGCAAGGCUGGUUGGGCUGCACCUCGACUCAAGGAUGCUUCUUUGUCGCUUGACAAACUACGUGAAUGUUACGUUGAGAUCAUAUUGGCAAUGCGAACACUGUAUCAGAAAUGCAAGCUGGUCCAUGGAGACCUCAGUGAAUAUAACAUACUUUACUUUGAGGGUCACUUGUAUAUCAUUGAUGUGUCACAAUCUGUUGAUCUUGACCAUCCACAUGCUCUUGAUUUUCUUCGAGAAGAUUGUUGUCAUGUCUCUGAUUUCUUCAAGAAACACGGUGUUGCUGUUAUGUUUAUACGAGAAUUGUUUGAUUUUAUUGUUGAUCCUUCAAUCGAUGAUGAGUCAGUUGACAGUUAUUUGGAAGAGGUGCAGCAAAAAAUUUUGGCCAGGGGUAAUGUGAUCUCUCCAGAGGAAGAAAUUGCUGAUUCGGUAUUUAUCCAGACAUUCAUUCCCAAAACACUCGAUCAUGUGAAGAAUGCAGAAGAGGAUGUCCAACGCAUUACCAGUGGGACUGAUACCGAUGAUAUGUUUUAUAAGACUAUCACAGGUCUUAAGGAGGCACUUUCUAUCUCAGACAGCACAUCGGCAGGAAAGCAGUCGCUGCAGGUCCAGCAACCUGUAGUAGCGUCAGGGGAACACCAUGAACCGUGCAUUAGUGACUCGAUUUCAGAAACAGAUGAAGAUGACACUGAUUCAAAUGUGUCAGACGAAGAAUCAUCAUCAUCAUCUGAAGAUGUGCCAACAAGUGCAGAUAGAAAAGCAGCUAGAAAAGAAAACAAGAAGAAAGUUAAAGAAGAGAAGAGAGAGGCUCGCAAACAUAAAGUUCCAAAAGCUUUGAAGAAGAAGAAAAAAAAGUUGGCUAAAGCUAAGAAGUAUAGGUAA